UAACUGAUUUUGGAACUUCACGAGGUCCCAUGGCAGUAUUUGGGGAUUUCAUUUAUAUCAUAACUAGUGUUGGACGAAGUGUCGUUAGUGUCCAUAACACAACAGAUCAACGUACGAGACGUAAAUUUUUUCUUCCUGUAAACAUCGGUUAUCUUGAUUUGGCUGUAGCUAUACACAGUAUCACUCCUCAUUCAAACGAGACAAGCACUUUUCAAUUUCCUUUGUGUGGACCCAACACAUACUAUCGUAAAAUUAAUGGAACAUUGAACUGCACGUGUAUGGAAGGAUACUUUGGAGAAUGUAACUCGUGCAAUGCAAGCUGUCCUUCUGAUUGGUUGCAUAUAGAAUCAUCUUGUUAUUUCUUCAGUGCAAAAGCAGCAACAUGGAAUAAAGCAAGAAAACUUUGUCAACAGAAGGUAGGAGAUCUUGCUGUUCCAAAGAAUAAUGCUGAGAAUAAUGCCAUAACCAGAAUCAUCUUGAGAAAACGCCUUAAAGGUCACUUUAUUGGUUUGUAUCGCAAUAAAAGUGACAAUAAGUUCUACACAAUUCAAAAUGUUAAGCCCAGUUUCACAUUAUGGUAUUGGAGACAACCUAGUCACGAAAGAUUUGGCAUAGAGGACUGCGUUGUAAUUUAUGACAAAAAUUAUAAAUCCAAAUGGAAUGAUGUUCGAUGUGUAAAGCACUUUAAAUUCAUCUGUCAACGUGAGAGACGUAAUUUAAACUAUAUCGGUGAAUGUCAGUCUUCUCCUUGUGGCAAAGAUCACUCAUGCAUAAAUAUCCCAGGCUCCUACGAAUGCCUAUGCUCCACUGGAUACAAACUUGACAAAUCCAAAAAGAAAUGUAUCGAUACCAACGAAUGCAAGUUUUCUCCUUGUGAAUCGUGUUACUUAUGCUAUAAUACCCCAGGCUCAUACUAUUGCAGAAGAGGUCCUCGUUGUGUACGUUGCCCAUACAGUAAUCCUAUUUUCUGCAGAGAGUAAAAACAGAGUGUACAACUUUAGUUUGGGUUCAGUGAUUUAAGCAUAGUGGAAAAGAACAGUGGCGCGAAAAUCAAAGUACACAACCAGGGAGCAAUAAUAUCAGGAAGAACCAAGCCUUUAAAAAAAAAUAACGUUUAAACACAUAGAAAUUAAAAAUCAUUUUAUUAGAAGCAAAGUACAGGUAGCGCGGAACAAUGAACUUAAUUAAUUGCCAACGAAGAUAACUUAGUAAAUAUAUUUACAAUAACAAAAAGUAAAGUUAAAAUAGAUCAUUUUCAACAUUUUCUAUGUAGCCAAAAUGACACUGCUAUAUGUAUAAGUGUAAUGUAAGGUGUUUGCCAAGCCGCGUCUUUAUAAUGAAAUAAGGAAAGUGUAGUAAUUUGUGUAAUAAUGUCACCCUAUCAUUGUGAACUUAAUCUCAUGAUAGAUUAUUAUCAACCAAUCAUGUAACGUCUUUUAUGUAAGUUACGUGUAUCAGCACGUGCUUACUUGUAGUUUCAGUAUUUUCUUGCAAUGUACAAUUUUUGAUUGAAUGUUAUAAAUAUACUUAUCGGAAGCAACGCGAGUUCAGCCUCAAACAACAACUGCCACAAAAUAUAUCCACUAGCGAAGUGUGAAAGCAUGGAUAUUUACCAUAGAUUUUAAUAAAGGCAUGUAAAACAGAGCUACAAAA